UUUCUGGUGAAUCCUUGAGAUCCCAGCUCCCCCGCCUUUCUCAUCACUCCUAUUUUUCGAGAAAAUAUCAAAAAUUUAAUCAAUGCUACAUAUACACGACUUUUGUUUCUUCAAUGCCUCCGUGAUGAUUGGGUAUCAUACCACAUGAGAGAAAUGCUUCAAAGACCUCGGGAUCUUGCAAUUGCAUAUGUCCAAUAUCACCAAUAUCCGGCGAGUUCUAUUGCAACACGGACGCAAUCGGUCCCCAACUGCCAUAUCAACUCUUUUAACGCCUUCGAAAGCACUUGGAACGCAACUAAGGCAAGGCUUGUAGCCAAGUGGGAGAAGAUCAACAACGCUCGUCGUGAGCAUCGCCUCAAGCGAAGCAUGGUCAAGAAAUUGACCCCACUUAGGAGCACUGUCACAGAAAUACAUCUACUAGGACCGACAAGCGUUGGUGAUUCGCAGAAUAGGGGAGCUAAGCCAGUAGCUUUCCCAGGCCAACUAGAAGCUGAGAACUCAUUUGUUGAGAAGACCUCAUCUAUUAACGAAAUCCCCAAGCGAUGCCUGACUGAGUCGAACGUAUGCAUGGUAGAAUUGAAUACCCAAAACGACGGAACUAAGCUUGGGGAAAUAUCACAAGAGCAGUCGAAAUCAGCCGGUCCUAUGGAUAGCGAAAGGAAGGCAAGCGCUGCUCAAGGACUCAGCCAUUGCCAACUCGACCAUAAAGGUGAGAGAAAACUGACGCCAGAUCAGUACGUGGCCAUUAAGAAACAAGAAGCUGUUGCGCUUGUGAUGGCUCACUUCAACCGCUGGUUAAAUAAGAGACUUGAGAUUAUUUCCUAUGCGUAUGAAGCUUCUGAGGCUUCGGGAAACUCCGUUAAUAACUCUGGUAGCGUGGGGUCUGGAAGUGGUGACGCCGGACAGGGCCGAUCGACUCGUUCAACUCGAGCGAAACGCCGACUGGGUGGGGAUGAUCAAGAUAAUUCUUCAGCUGGAGGCAAUGAAGGUGACCCGAGUAGGGGUGGCAAUAAGCGGGCCAAGAAGGACAUAGAGCCGGAUCGCAAAUUUGCUUGCCCCUUUUAUAAGCAUGACCCAAAGACACACAGCAAACAUCGUAGCUGUGCUGGGCCGGGCUGGGCAUCGUUACAUCGUCUUAAGGAACACCUAUAUCGCGCACAUCGUUUACCGAAAUAUACCUGCCCGAGGUGCAGCGAACCUUUCGAAGAUGCUCAGGAUUUAGCUGAUCAUAUUCGAGCGGACGUGCCUUGUGAGAAGCUAGACGUCGUCCCAGCCUUCCAAGGAAUUGACGAGGCUACUGAAGCUAAGUUAAAGAUGCGGAAGAAGAAUUGCCCGGAAAAAACCGACGAACAGAGAUGGAGGGAUAUCUACAUGAUUUUGUUCCCUGGCGCUAAUAUCCAGGCGAUACCAUCUCCGUAUUACGACAGCAAUGACUCUCAGAGGUACUCGAAGAACAUCGAGCAGUGGAGAAAGGUCAGGAAGCGGAUGGAAAACGAGCUUCCCGAUCUUGUGCAGAAGAAGGUUGAAAGGUCUUUCGAGAAGGUGGAAGUUGAAGUGCUAAACCAGUUGCCUAACAUUAUUCGAGAUGGCCUAUUUGAGUUCUUCAAGGACUUGCCGCGUGAUGAUCGGUCGGCGUCGGCUACUCCAGCUGUAACUCCGAGGGCCCAUACACCCAGCUUCCCUGUUAUCGAGGAACAACCUGCCGCAGCGACUGACGAAGUUAAGGACAUUUCCCUAGACCUCUCACAAUGGCUCGAGCCUGAUAUGUCAUUCUUCGGUGGAUUCGAAGAAGUUAACUUUACCGACUUUCCGUAUACCUCAUGUGAAUUUGCGAACUCAGCCGAGUGUCGGUUGUAUGACAGGGAAUCAGACUCGGGCUAUGCUUCGACCAUCGCCGGAAGAGAUGGUGCCGUAGAGACGGAGACCUAGGGUUUUGUUUUCCUAUUGGUUGAUGUAGAGUUGGAUAGCUGUGCUUCCACUCCUAUUUACAGCUCGUUUCCCAUGGGUUCACUAUUGCGAUGACGUGUUGAAUGAGUAUAUGAAGUUAAUUGGUUAACAGUGUGUUGUCCAGCUUUACGUUUUUAUGCAUGAAUUUAUCAUAUCACUUGAAUAAAUUCAUCUGAUGUUGUUAUUAACUUGCCGGUUCGCUUAAGACCGAGUAGGUACUCGAAUACGAAAUAUGUGAAAGUUUAAUGCGUUUAUGAUUUCGAAGAUGACGCGUGUCUUUGGUUAUACUGUCUUUAAAUACUAAAAUCAUAGUUAGACUUAGGAGCGAAGUCGUCUGUUUAUAGUCCCUGGUGGGGUGAUUUUCCGUGCUGGAACAAGGCGUGUACUCAGUUGAGAAUCUGGCUGUGUAUUAUAUACGGUUGCUGGCGUUGGCCUAAAUUCGAUAAGUUUAGACAUUUGAAUUGUUUAGAUGAAUGUUCAACUUUUGAUGUUUUUCGACGUGAUGAAUUGCAACUGGUCAAGAAUAAUAAUGAUAAUUGUUG